AUGCAUAUUGCAAUGCCUAUCUCAUAUAAUGAUAAUUCUGAAGGUGAAAGUAAUCAAAAUGAAAAUAUUAAAAGUGAUGAUGAUGAAUCUAUUGAUGACUCUAUAGUCAAUGAAGAAAUCAAUGGAUUGCGGUUAGAUGAAUUUUUUUUAGAUAAUGAAUUGGAAGAAGAUUUUAAUUUAGCAGAAAGAAAUAUUCAUCUUGCAGAUGAUAGUUUGGCUAAAUGGGAUUUGAUUACUUUAUUUG